CAAAAUGUCAAGCUAACUUUCAAAACUGUGUUGCUACAUAACUGUUUUCAUCAAAAUUCUGUUUUAAAAUAUUUUAAAUAAUUAUAUUUUAAAGAUUUUUUAUAACGUUUAUUAUAUUAAGAUGAACCAUGUCAUCUGAGUUAGAGACAGCAUUACCUCCUGUAACGACAGUAGGACGCCAUUCGGUAACAUAUGGACAAUCACCGUCCGCCAGAUAUAGCAAAUUAUCGGAAAAAUUCCGUCAGAAUGCUCCCAGUGAAUUUCAAUGUUCCGUUUUCUGCGGAGGAAAGAAAUGCAAAUAUGAAAGUCCUAAGAACUGGAGUCAUGAAGACAUGACAAUAAAUGGAAUUUAUUCACAUUGGGUUACAGACGAUAUAUUAGCUAUGGCUAGACCCAGCACCGAAGUUAUUGAAAAGUACAACGUUAUUCAACAGUUUCAAGAACAAAAUAUAAAAUCAAUCAUAAAUCUGCAAAUGCCUGGAGAACAUUCUACUUGUGGCAAUAAUUUAGAAUCUUCAGGAUUCUCCUACGAUCCUCAACUUUUUAUGGAUAAUGACAUCUUCUUUUACAAUUUUAGGUGGAAAGAUUACGGCACAGUAUCUGAAGAAACCCUGUUAGAUAUGGUCAAAGUAAUGGCAUUUGCACUCUCAGAAGGAAAAGUUGCUGUACAUUGUCACGCUGGUUUAGGACGUACAGGAGUUCUCAUAGCGUGUUAUCUUGUUUACUCUUUGAGAUGUAAACCCAAUGAUGCCAUUCGUUACGUCAGAGUUAAAAGACCGCAAGCAAUUCAGACAAGAAAUCAAAUUCAAAGUGUACAAAGAUUUGCCCAAUGCGUUAUUCCUCUCUUCGUUGUAUUUUCGAAUGUUAUACCAAAAGCGUUCGGAUUUAACUUGAAUCAAUAUUUAAAUCGUCAAAGGCAUCUCAUCCAUGGUCUUGAAGCUCGACAUUUAAAAUUUAUUCCAAAACUGGUGUAUAUAAUUUGUGAAAGAUUAUUAGUACUAGCAAACUGUCAGCCCUCUCCAAAUGGUGAAAACUUGAAUUACGAUAUCGAAAAUGCGAACAGUUUUUGUAAUUUCUUCCUAUCCGCUUCAUCUCCAGAAGAUAGUAAUUGGAGACCACCUUCUCAGCUCACUUUACAAUUAGAUGCUGAUACUCCAGAAAAGAAGAAAGAAGAAGAAAACGGUAGACAAGGAAACUGUGGCCAUUGCAGAGGUGACAUGUCAAAAAUAACGGGAAAGGGUGCUUUAUAUCAGCUUAGGAGAUGCGAAACAAGAUGUGAUCAAGAAGAAACAUUCUUUAACUGCGAAGAAUAUGUACCCUGUGACGGUAGAGGAUCGAGUAGUCUUUCGGGAAGUAGUUCCAAUCCCGAAGAUGUUGGACAUUUUACACAAAGCAGUAGUAUAAACAGUGAAGAUUUCGAUACAGAAGCUAGCGACGAUGGUAUCGAUUCGAUGCUCAUGGAAGAACCAACAACUGAAGAUCUUUCGCAGAAUACAUGUUAUCAAGAGUUGGCUUCUCAAAUGGAAUUAAGAUCUUUAGCGGAAUCAAACGCAGCAGCGGGGGAAGAAAAUAAGAAUAGUAACCUAGAUUCUACAGAUAUUGUUAAAGCAUUGAUUGCUAGCCAUUGUUUACUCGGUCCAGAAUUCCAAAGUCAUUUAAAGCAAUAUCAGAAAGAUUUGAACAAUCGAGGAUCUGCUUGGGAACGUCUAGCUAAAGAAUCGGAUCCUAUUUUGCUAACGGGAAUUUUAUGGAGCUGGCUGGAUCACUUAAAGACACCGAUUUUAAACAAGCAGGAUUUAACUUAUAUAGUUUUAAAAUCAGAAAAACCCGUUGAUGCUUUGGCCAGACUCGACAAGGAUACGCGCUUCACUAUCGAAUAUUUAAUACGUUUUGUCGCACGACUCGUACCCAAUUCUUUAGAGCCUUGUGACGAUCUGUUACGUCGUCUUGUAGCUUCUUUAACUCAUCAAUGUCUUGCAAUUCACGGUGUCUUACAUCCAGUAGGUGCUAAAUGGUCUAAAAUGAGGGAAGGAACGACGACUUUAGUCAUGCAUUUUGUGCGUGGAAUUUAUAAAUUAUCGUGUGGACUUCCUUUAGAAGAAGAAGAGUAUGGAGGCCGAUCACGUCGCAGAAAAUCAUAUAUGGGUAUCAAUCUUAUGGCUCAAGCUAUUGGAAAAUCCAAUGUUAGCAAACCAGAAGUUCAAGAACUUAAAAGCUUCUUUAAUUUUGGAUUCAAGAAAAAAUGCUCAUAAAUUAUAACUUAUAAAACAAUGAAUAUAAAUCCAAUUGUAUGUGACAAACCGUUUAUGCUCAUCCAUUCUGUACGAUAAUGUAUAUAUAUAUAAAUUUCCAUUAUUGGAAACUCAUUAAGUAUAGAUUUAAAAAAUCGUCAUAAAUAAUGAAACAUUCGACUGUAAAUAUUCGUAAUUAGAUACGUUAAAUUUCAUUGAAGCGGUAUGUAAUAUUUUAUAUAGAUACAAAUGUCAUCAUUACUCGAAUAUUUCGUCCAUUAAACGUUAUUAUAAAGUCGUAAAGACCUAACAAAAUAAUAUAUCUAUAAGAGAAUGUUUGUUCUUCCAGUAUAAAAAUUUAUCAGUGCCUCUUAUAGUAAGAGUUUUCCACAGAUUUAUCAGUUGGAUUGAGUUCAAGGAAAGCACAUCUAUACUGUACAUAUCGUAUGUUCUUCACGCAUUAUAUACUAUGUUUACAGUAUAUACUGUAUUAGCAAUAUUAUACACUUCCAUUUAUAUAUGUUUUUUAUAUAAUAAAACUCAUCGACUGCUGAGUUGUAUUAAAUUUAAGAGUGCCAAUUUAAUGGUUAUGAACUUUUAAAAAAAUAAUAAUAAUGAUGAUACAUUUAAUUAAUACGCUUUGUUUAUU